GCCGAGGGCAGGAGAGCAUACAUAGCCGCCUGCCCUCCCUGGCCGCUCUCCGAAUCCUCCCCACUGUCCCAGCAAAAUGCGUCUCGCCCCUGUGCUUGGCUCCUGCUCCCUCCUACUGCUCCUGGGGGCCUUGCCCGGAUGGGCGGCCAGCGACGACCCCAUCGAGAAGGUCAUUGAAGGGAUCAACCGAGGGCUGAGCAAUGCAGAGAGAGAGGUGGGCAAGGCCCUGGAAGGCAUCAACAAUGGAAUCACGCAAGCUGGAAGGGAAGUGGAGAAAGUUUUCAAUGGACUUAGCAGCAUGGGGAGCCAGGCCGUCAAGGAGGUGGACAAGGGCCUCAACAGCGGCUUGGACAAGGUAGCCCAUGGGAUCAACAAUGGCAUCGGACAAGCAGGGAAGGAGGCCAACAACGCUGCUGGACAGGUUGGGAAGGAGGCAGACAAAGUGAUCCAUCAUGGGGUCAACCAGGCGGGAAGUGAAGCAGGGAGGUUUGGCCAGGGGGCCCACCAUGCUGUGGGGCAGGCUGGGGACGAAGCUGGGAGGUUUGGCCAGGGGGCUCACCACGCCUUUGGGCAGGCUGGGAAGGAGGCAGAGAAGUUAGGUCAGGGAGGCCAUCAUGCCUUUGGGCAGGCUGGGGAUGAGGCUGGGAGGUUAGGCCAGGGAGGCCAUCAUCUUUUGGGGCAGCCUGGGAAGGAGGCAGAGAAGUUAGGCCAGGGAGGCCAUCAUCUUUUGGGGCAGGCUGGGAAGGAGGCAGAGAAGCUAGGCCAGGGGGCUCACCACACCUUUGGGCAGGCUGGGAAGGAGGCAGAGAAGUUAGGCCAGGGGGCUCACCACGCCUUUGGGCAGCCUGGGAAGGAGGCAGAGAAGUUAGGCCAGGGAGGCCAUCAUCUUUUGGGGCAGGCUGGGAAGGAGGCAGAGAAGUUAGGCCAGGGGGCUCACCACGCCUUUGGGCAGCCUGGGAAGGAGGCAGAGAAGUUAGGCCAGGGAGGCCAUCAUCUUUUGGGGCAGGCUGGGAAGGAGGCAGAGAAGUUAGGCCAGGGGGCUCACCACGCCUUUGGGCAGCCUGGGAAGGAGGCAGAGAAGUUAGGCCAGGGAGGCCAUCAUCUUUUGGGACAGGCUGGGAAGGAGGCAGAGAAGUUAGGCCAGGGAGGCCAUCAUCUUUUGGGGCAGGCUGGGAAGGAGGCAGAGAAGUUAGGCCAGGGGGCUCACCACGCCUUUGGGCAGGCUGGGAAGCAUGGAGAUGGAGUGGUCCAAGGGGUCUAUCACGGAGUUAGCCAGGCAGGGACAGAGGCAGAGCAGUUUGGCCGUGAUGUUCAUUACUCUGCAGGGCAGCCUGGGAGAGAGGUCGACAAAGCUGUUCAAGGUGUCCACUCUGGGGUCAACCAGGCUGGGAGGGGGGUGGAGCAGCUUGGCCAGGGGGUUCACCAUGGGGUUAAUGAGGCCUGGAAGGAGGCAGAGCGGUACGGCCAGGGGGUGUACGAUGCUGGAGGGCAGGCUGGGAGGGAGGCAGAUAAAGUGGCCCAAGGGGUGCAUCAUGGAGUUCAGCAGGCUGGGAAGGAGGUGGAGCAGUUUGGCCAGGGAGUUCACCAUGCCGUUGAACAGGCCGGAAAGGAAGCAGACAAAGUGGUCCACGGGGUCCACGAUGGGGUCAACCAGGCCGGGAAGGAGGCAGAGAAACUUGGCCAAGGGGUCCACCAUGCUGCUGGCCAGGCCGGGAAGGAGGCGGAGAAACUUGGCCAAGGUGUCCACCAUGCUGCUGGCCAGGCCGGGAAGGAAAUGGACAGGUGGCAGCAGGAUGUUCAUAAUGGGGUCAACCAAGCCGGCAAGGAGGCCAACCAGCUGCUGAAUGGUGGUCAAGGCGGGUCUACCGGCCAGCACGGAGGGGCCGCAACCACUUCAGUAGCAUCUGGAGCCUCGGUCAACAAGCCCUUCAUCAACUUUCCCGCUCUGUGGAGGAGCGUCGCCAACAUCAUGCCCUGAACUGAUGCCCUGACCUUGCUGAGCAGACGCUGGAAUGACCUGAAGGAGCUGAGGGUUGUGGGGGGUGGCGUGGGGGGAUUUCUGGAGCCCCUUAAAGGGGCCACUGUGAGAUUUGUGAAUAAAUAUGGUGCCCUGUA